AUGACCUUUCGCAGUAUUCGUUUGUUCUACAUCACAAUAUGGAACAUUUUCCUGGUGCUACCGAUCGUUACAUCUGACAAUGACUACAUCUCAGGUUACCAUCGUCGAUUACACCCGAUAACCCCGGUAUCGUGGACAUCGAAUCACGGUCACGAUAACAGGGACAAUCUGGUCAAAACGAUCAACAUUUUCAUCGAGGAACAGGCACGUCGUCGCCUUUUGGAACAUCUUCAACGAUUGUCGGCCGCAGGAAGCAAUAGUAUUCCGGCACCGUCGUACCUCGGUGCAGGAGAGAUAUUGGAGGAGUAUCGUCCGACGUACACGUACCAGCUGCCGUUGAGUAAUUUGAUCGAUUCGAGUGAACCGAUCAAAUUUGCAGUCGGACCCAGUGAUCCUCGAUUCUACGACCAAACCACAGGACUUGGGCGUGAAUCAGAACUGGAUGGGCUCGGCAUUGGCGAUGGUGGGGAUGGAUCCUUCCUUUACGAUAGCUCCGAACCGAUCGGCGGUGGAUCAAACGAUGAGCGGACCGUGUCGGCAACUAACGGUGGAACAACUUUAGAACAAAACCCUAUCGAAGAUUAUCGCCAUCCACCACCACCACCGCCGAUUCGCCCAAAGAUGUCAAAGGGCACACACGCAAAGAAUCUAUCCAAUAAUGGUGCGCUAGUGAACAUUGCAACAGCGGCCUCCGAUCGCAGCAGUUCGAACGGCGUCGUGCAGCAACCGAUCGAAAUCGGUACCGGGCUGGGCAUGUAUCUUAUCGCACUGAUCGCAGGUAUUAGUGCCGCCAUUACGGUAGCCCUGAUUUCGAUCGGAUUCGGCUGGUACACGCUCCACAAAAGGACCAAAGCGGCAGCAGACGUCGAAUACCCAGCAUACGGUGUUACGGGACCAAACAGGGAUUCGACGGCAGGCUCAGGUGCUUCCGCUGGUGAUCGAAAGUUAGCGCAGAACGCGCAAAUGUAUCACUAUCAGCAUCAGAAGCAGCAAAUCAUCGCCAUGGAAAAUACGACCCGUAGUGCAACUCAUUCGGAACAGCCGAGCGAGGAUGAGAAUGAGGAAGGUGACUACACCGUUUACGAAUGUCCCGGGUUGGCACCGACCGGUGAAAUGGAAGUAAAGAACCCUUUGUUCUUGGAGGACGGGCCUAUUAGUGGUGUUACCUUGCAGACAUCGAUCAGUGGCGAAGGUCCAGCUGUCGGAGUGGUUUAUUUGGAAAAGGCAGUUCAACCGCAAGCUCACAACAAUAACAAGAAAUCGGGAGAAUAA